AUAGCCCGGCCCCUCAUGUCGGCGCAGGCGGGGAAGAGCCGCGGCACCGGCGUCGCUGCCGCUUCCCACCCCUUUCCUGCCUUCUCUUCCCCGGCACCGCCGGCAGGGCACGGGCCUGCUCGCAGCGCCAGGCCGCCGCGGGAGUCUGCGUCAGCUGCCUCUGGAAACCGUGGGUAGGUGGGAUGAACCCAGGCCUGCCUGCUGAACAGCAAGUAACUGACUUAUUCUGCUGUAGCCUGUGCUAACUCUGAGUGCCAUUCUAGUGCAAACAAAUCGCAUUGGGUCAUGGCGGCAGACUCUAUGGAAAUUGAUGAUGCUUUGUAUAGUCGCCAGAGAUAUGUUCUUGGAGACACAGCAAUGCAGAAGAUGGCUCAGUCCCACGUGUUCCUGAGUGGUAUAGGUGGUCUUGGUGUGGAGAUUGCCAAAAAUAUCAUUCUGGCUGGGGUAAAGGCUCUUACAGUUCAUGACACCAAGCAAUGCACAAAAUGGGAUUUAGGGAUCAAUUUCUUCAUCCACGAAGAUGACAUACUUAGUCAAAGGAACAGGGCUGAGGCCACACUUCAUCGUAUUGCUGAACUUAAUCCAUAUGUCCACGUAGCAGCAUCAACUGUGCCAUUAGAGGAAACCACAGAUCUGUCUUUCCUAAAGCACUACCAGUGCGUCAUACUGACUGAAGUAAGCCUAUCGCUGCAGAAGAAGAUUAAUGACUUCUGUCAUGCUCAGCAGCCACCCAUCAAGUUCAUCAGUGCAGAUGCGUACGGAAUAUGUUCACGUCUGUUUUGUGACUUUGGUGAUGAAUUUGAAGUGCUGGAUACAACAGGAGAGGAACCAAAGGAAAUCUUCAUUUCAAAUAUUACACAAUCAAAUCCUGGCAUUGUCACUUGCCUUGAAAAUCAUCCACACAGGCUUGAAACUGGACAGUUCUUAACCUUUCGUGAAGUUAACGGAAUGUCAUGUUUAAAUGGGUCCACACACCAAAUAACAGUGGUGUCACCUUACUCCUUCAGCAUUGGUGAUACAUCAGAUAUGGAGCCUUACUUGCAUGGUGGCAUAGCUGUCCAAGUGAAGACCCCCAAGAUGUUUUACUUUGAACGGUUGGAGAAGCAGCUAACAAAUCCAUUAUGCCUAGUUGCAGACUUUAGCAAGCCUGAGGCACCUUUGCAGAUCCAUGUUGCCAUGCUUGCCUUGAACCACUUCCAGGAGAACUUUGGUCGCAUGCCAAACAUUGGAUGCCUUCAAGAUGCUGAGGAAAUGCUGAAAAUAGCCAUGUCUGUAAGCAAAACACUGGAAAACAAACCUCGGGUAAAUGGAGAUAUAGUGAAAUGGCUGUCUAGAACUGCUCAGGGAUUUCUAGCUCCUCUGGCUGCAGCAGUGGGUGGUGUUGCUAGUCAGGAAGUCCUGAAAGCAGUAACAGGAAAAUUUUCUCCGUUACAGCAGUGGUUGUACAUAGAUAUGUUAGACAUUGUUACACCUCUGGAAAAGAUGGGCUCUGAAGAAUUUCUUCCACGGGGAGAUAGGUAUGAUGCCUUGAGGGCUUGUAUUGGAGACCCUCUAUGCCAGAAGCUGCAUAAUUUGAAUGUUUUUUUGGUUGGCUGUGGAGCAAUAGGCUGUGAAAUGCUAAAAAACUUUGCACUUCUUGGUGUUGGUACUGGGCAAGAUAAAGGAUUGGUUACAAUUACAGAUCCAGACUUGAUAGAGAAAUCCAACCUGAACAGGCAAUUUCUCUUUCGACCUCAUCACAUACAGAAACCUAAAAGCUAUACUGCAGCAGAAGCAACUCUGAACAUCAAUCCUUACUUAAAGAUUGACUCAUAUAUUAAUAAAGUUUGUCCAGCCACUGAGAACACUUACAGUGAUGAAUUCUACACCAAGCAAGAUGUGAUUGUGACUGCUUUGGACAAUGUUGAGGCAAGGAGGUACAUCGAUAGUCGUUGCGUAGCAAACCUGCGUCCUCUUAUAGACUCUGGAACUAUGGGAACGAAAGGACACACGGAAGUUAUUGUGCCUCAUCUGACAGAGUCAUAUAAUAGUCACCGGGAUCCACCAGAAGAAGAAAUACCUUUUUGUACCUUGAAGUCUUUCCCAGCUGCCAUUGAACAUACGAUACAGUGGGCAAGAGAUAAGUUUGAAAGUUCAUUUUCUCAUAAGCCUUCAUUGUUUAACAAAUUUUGGCAAACCUAUCCAUCUGCAGAAGAAGUUUUACAGAGAAUAAAAUCAGGGGAGAGUUUAGAAGGCUGUUUUCAUGUUAUUAAAACACUCAGUAGAAGACCCCGAAGUUGGACUCAGUGUGUGGAACUAGCAAGAGUAAAAUUUGAAAAAUAUUUUAGCCAUAAGGCUCUUCAGCUUCUUCAUUCAUUUCCCCUUGAUACACGAUUAAAAGAUGGAAGUUUGUUCUGGCAGUCACCAAAGAGGCCACCUUUCCCAGUGAAGUUUGAAUUUAAAGAUCCUUUGCACUAUGGUUUCAUUGUGAGCGCAGCAAAACUCUUUGCAACCGUGUACUGUGUUCCCUUCACAGAAAAGGAUUUGUCAGAGGAAACUAUUUUGAAGAUAACUUCAUCUGUGGAGGUACCAGAGUUCAGACCUUCAAACAAAGUUGUACAGACCGAUGAAACUGCAAGAAAACCAGAUCAUAUUCCAGUCAGCAGUGAGGAUGAAAGAAAUGCUAUUUUCCAGCUGGAGAAGUUUAUACUAUCCAAUGAAGCUUUGGAAAAUGACUUGCAAAUGAAGCCCAUUUCUUUUGAAAAAGAUGACGAUACUAAUGGACAUAUAGAUUUCAUAACAGCAGCAUCAAACUUACGAGCCAAGAUGUACAACAUUGAACCAGCAGAUCGGUUCAAAACAAAGCGCAUUGCUGGAAAGAUUAUUCCUGCAAUUGCAACGGCUACUGCUGCAGUUUCAGGGCUGGUUGCACUGGAACUCAUCAAAGUUGUGGGUGGUUACCCAGCUGAUGCAUACAAGAACUGUUUUCUGAACUUAGCCAUUCCCAUAAUGGUCUUUACAGAAACUGCUGAAGUAAGAAGAACUGAAAUCAGAAAUGGGAUAUCAUUUACAAUCUGGGACAGGUGGACAAUUUAUGGAAAAGAGGAUUUUACACUGUUGGACUUCAUAAAUGCUGUCAGAGAGAAAUAUGGAAUUGAACCAACUAUGGUUGUACAGGGAGUCAAAAUGCUGUAUGUUCCCGUGAUGCCAGGUCAUAUUAAAAGAUUAAAGCUGACGAUGCAAAAGCUUGUGAAGCCAUCUGCUGAUAAAAAGUAUGUGGAUUUGACAGUAUCAUUUGCUCCAGAGACUGAUGGAGAUGAAGACUUGCCAGGGCCACCAGUGAGAUACCACUUUGUUCAGGAAGACAAUUGAUGGUAGAGGUGCAAAAGUCACUCCAGGACCAUUUGUUUUGAAAGGAGUGUGCUAAUUUUCAGCUAUUAAAGAUGGUACUAUAUAUUUUUUUUUUUUUUGGUGAAGCCUUAAUUAAAACAAAUGGUGAAAGUCAGUUGCUUUGCACUGAAGACAAACUGGACUUGUUUCAUCUCCUGUUACCUUCAAACCUGUUUACUCAAGGAAGGAUUGGUCACUCCAUGAGAUGGAAUGUCCAGUACAGUCCUUACCUUAAAGACAAGAUAUGUUUUAAUUUGUGGGGAGCUGAAGAAAGCAAGAAGAACAGUGAACGUAACAGAUUGUCCCCAUGUGCAAUUUAAGCACUGCUUAGAGAAGAUUGCAAAAACUGGGGAAACUGCCAUUUUAUGAUACUCCUGUCAAAUCCAUUUCAUGUGUUAUUUUCUUCUCAAAUGAGAAUUUCAAUCUUGCCAUCUACACGAGGGAUAACCCAUCCAAAAUGUUUAAACUUCCACUUAAAAGCAGAUGAGCUGCUCUGCUGUGUUGUUGGUGCUCUCUUCUGAACUGUAUGUGAUGCUGUGUGUCAGAGCAGCUAUCUUAAUGUCAGUCUCCACGUGGAAACAGAGGGAGGCAGGUCUUGAACAGGUAUAAAAAUUGUCAUAGCUCCCCUGAAGUCAAGACACCUGGAAUUGUUCAUUAUCUGCACUAAGACUGUUCUCUGGGGAAUACUGCAAUAUGGGGAAAGUGGAACCCUAUCGGAGAGCUGAGUUAACACUUUCAACAAUAAAACUUUGCCUUCAAGAAAGAGAAAAUGUUCGGUGUGGUUGAGCCUUUCUGCCCUUACCAAAUUGAGAGCACUGUAGCAAGAGAUGACUUUGAAAGGAGGUAAAGGCAAAUGGCUGCAGAUGUUUGUCACAGCAAACACUCUUUCCUCAGCUGCUCCUUCUGGUACCAUUUCCUUACAGUGGAUGGUUAUGCUGUACACCUGUCCACAGCAUGAGUCUGAGUUGUACUGAGUUUUUUCAGUUACUAGGGUAUCUAAGUAUAAAGAAUCUGAUUAUUGGAAAUAAUUAGAGACUUGCUUUGUGCUGUGGUGAGGCAGAGGUGUAUUACAGAAGCAUCUGUAACAACAUCUUCUCUGUCAUUUAAACACUGGAUAGUGUAGCUCAUAGUUCAUGUGGCAGGGGGAAGGUGGGUUGAUUUUUUUUUUUUUUUUUUUUUUUGGUAUUCCCCAGUGAUGAUAGUGAAGUGGGAUCAGAAAAAAAAAAAAAAAGAAACAACAACAACAAAGCUACAAACUGGAAAACCUAUUAAUAUUUUUAAGCUUUAGAGACAGUGAAUGCCCAUCUCUAAAUCCUGUGGUUGUUGCAAAAGGUAUUAACUACUUCACUGUUUAUCCUUGAUUAUUCUUUGUUAAGGUUCAGGGAUAUCUUCACAUUUAAUGAACAUUAUUGGUUAGGUCUCUUCCCCCACCCCCCCCACCCCCCUCCUCAGAUAGUUGUAGUCAGGAACAAUAGCUAUUGGGUUGGGCACUUGAACACCAAGAUGUAUGGAACUGAAUAGCUGGAAUCAACACAAUUAUUUCAAUAUAUGGGAUUUGUUCUUACAUAUGGGAUACCUUCUGUAAAGGUGUAUAUAGUUUUACAGUCAGUAUAGCUUAUAGAUAUUUUCUAGAUUAUUAAUAGUGCUCUUUAAACUACCUAACUUAUUUCUUUUUUUAAAGAACUUCUUAUAGAGACUUUUUUUUUCUGAAACAGGAGAAAAGAUUACUACAUUUACAGUGUAGAGAUGGCACAAGCAGACAGUAAGUUUUCACUUCUAAAUAACAACCAAAAUAUAUUUCCAUGUGGCGGUAUUAGAAUCUAAACUCUAAACUGAAAUCAGUAAUUAGUACUAAGGAUCGCUUACUUGAAUGUUUAGGUUAAAUGAAAGCACUGUCACCUCUCACAGUUGUAAGCUGCAAAAGAAAUGAAAUUUUCAGUAAGUAUGCUCUGGUGCAUUAGCGUGGUGAUAACGUGCUUCUGCUUCUGAAGUAGGCAGCGUAGAAAAAUGGUGUUAGUCUCACUACUUUGCUAGAAGGCCAUCUGACGGCCCUCAGGGUAUAAAAUAAAUUUUCAGAUACAAGUAACAGAGUGGCUCUUGCUAAUGACAAUGCAUACAGCUUUGUGAGAACCUUGCCAAAAAUUCCAGGUAGAGGAUGGCAAGUAUCAGGGCCAGAACUGACAGAUAAGGCUGGAUCUCUGUGCUGCUGUUCUUAUUGUGCGUAUCUGUUGGAUGCAUGUCUGUUCUACGGGUGGGUUCCUCUCAGUUUAACAGUUGGUGAUAGAAAAACCAAAAAUGCAAAACAGGUCUAUAAAUGUUUUUAGCUGACCUUUAAGAUUUUCUGGAUAUAAGUUAACCUAGAGAACACUUUACAAGUAAUUACGUAAGAGGACUUCAUAUGGAGGAACUGUGCAUGUCAAGUGGCUAUUAAAGUUGUUUUUCAUAUUUUCAGAUUUUCUGAAUUGCUGAUACAGAGGGUGAAUGUGUUUAUGUUGGAGUUUGUGUAGAGGGGAGUGAGCAGAUUUGGCAUGAAUUUGUGUUUGAUACAGUCUAUUUUUCAAUUUAGUGCUGCUUUUUACCCGAAGUCCUAGCAGGUGCUCAGCAGGAUCAUGCUAAAAGGGCUCAACUCAGGCUGGCCAAGUGAGCUUUGGGCUGGGGGGGGAUUUGCUGGUCUUCCAGAUCUCCAGUACUGCCAGUACAGUGCUAGCAGUGCAGAGGUGCAUUGCACCACCUGGAAUCUCAGAACUGCUUUUUGGCUUUGUGAUGAAAACUUGUGUGUGUCUAGGAUUUUUUGACGCUAUGUUCUCAUGUAGCAGCUAGAGCUAGCAAUCUCCCUGCAGCAAUGAAGGACCAACUGCCUUUCUGCUAGAACACUCUGAAUACCUUUCCGUCAAAAUGUUUUUCUUUGCAAGAGCAGUUGAUUUGCAGAGAUUAAAUUUUAUAUCGGCAUUAAAGAUCUUUCUCAUUCAUGCUUUUUUUAUAGUCUGCUCAAAAUUUACAUUAGCUUUCCCUUAAUUUCUUACAUUAAAUUACUUCCUAAAUAGUUGCAGGAAUGUUCAUGCAUGCAAACCGAGGCAUAUAGCACCCGGCUCUAUGUCUCUUUAAUGCUUGGAGUAGUGAGGAUUCUGUGUCAAGAUCAUGCUACUCUUAAUAAGGCUGUUUUGACAGAUAUGGCCUUCUUCUUGAUGGAUUUAGGAGUAAAAAUUACACGUUUUCAUCUUUUUAUCUCCAUUUUCAAAAUACACGUGGUAAAUAUGUGAACAUUUAUUAAAAGAAAAAGUGCUAUUCAAGAAUAAUGACUGCAUAGAAAGAAAACUCUGGCCCCAGUUUCUACCAAUGCUGAAACACCCGUGUCACCUCAUCACAAUCUCUCACAUCCUAAAAUCUAAAAACACAGGUUUCAGUUAGGCAAUGUUUAUAUGUACAUCUGGCUUGUAUCAAACAGAGGUAAGGGCUUUAGGUAAGUUCAUGUUCUUAACCUUUCCUUGUAUCUUUGGAAAUAUUGUGGCUAGUUGUUUGAAGAAAGGAACUGAAUUUCAGCCAAAUGCAACUGACUUAAUUGUUCCUCUACCUCUUGUGCUACAGGAGUUGGUUUGUUUAAGAAAAAAGCCAGAAUCAGCUGAAGGAGUGUAGCUCAGCUGUAGAUACUCCAUCCUGGAAGCACUUUGUUUGGUCCAGCUGCCUGACACACUUUAGAGGCUAAAAAUAUUAAACUCGGAUCCUACUGCUGAUCACUUCAGUCGCUUGUUUUGAAGGCUGGAUCCCCAAUUUCCGAGAGGAAUUUCGAGAUGGAUUCUGUGGCUGAGGCUCGGUGAGGUUCCACACCUGCUCGGUUAGUUAGACUAACAGAGGCAAAAGACUAAAGAUGGGCUAAAGAGAGGGAUAUGGCCUGUUCGGUUUUCAUUCUGCACGAAGAUUUCUUAGGAUUGGGUUUCAUGGCUGGACAGCAGAUGGGAAAGUGUUUUCCCAAGGAAACUGGCUUUUGCUGAAGUACCUUGCCUGGAAAUGAGCCUCCUGCCAAGCUACAUCACACCCUGAAGCAUUGCACUUCCCCAGUUGCUCCAAGUUCAAUUAGUGACAGAGGAUGGAAGUGGGAAGGAAAGAAAUCAUGGGCUCUGUUGGAGUAAAAGGAGUAAGGCGUGUGGAUCCAAACGGAAGGCCAAGCUAAGGAGGUAGGUGAGUCUCAACUGCAAAGGUAGUCCCUGAGCUCUGUAAUCUCUAUUAUGGCUUUUGAGCUGUGGCAAGGGGCUGAUCAGAUAUUUUAUUGCCCUUCUUGGUUUUACAGGUGGCCUCAGCCUUUCAGGGGGACACUUCCUGACUUCUUUUGUAUACUUUUUUUUUAGGUUCAAUUCUUUGCUCACUUUAUAUUCUCAGAUACUCCAGAGAAAACUGCCUGAUGUCUUGAGGGGGAGUUUCCCUGGUGUUAGCUUCCUCAGCACUGCCUCCCUCUUUGGCUGCCUUUUGGUGCCUGGCCACACCAAAGAAGGCAUUUCUACUCUCACGUCAGAAUGGAGAUCUGAAUAUCCAUGACAGAUGGGGUAAAGCACCAAGCAGCUUACAAAUCAUGUCUUUCAUUUUCUUACCUUCACUUCUAGUUCCUCAUUUGACAGUGUCAGGAUGAACUGUGACGAGUCAUUUUCAUUUGGAUAAAUACUGGUUGCUGAGGUCAAAGCUGAUAUAUCUAGCUUCUGUGAGUACUAAGGAAGCAACAAAAAGAAAUAACACAGGUUGUAAUUUUCACCCCAAAUCUAGCUGCUCUUCAAAGAAAUUUGCUUAGAAGAAAAUGCAUGGAAACUUUUUCUAGAUCUUGGAUUAAGUUUCAUUGACAGACAUUUCAAAGCUCAGUCCCUUGUUUCUGCUUACAAAAGCUCUUUGCACCCACACCGUGCCUUCUGGAUUUUUCCCAUCUUAGUCUUCAAAAUUACACAUUAAAGCCAAGAGACCUCUCCAAGUACUUGCUUUGUGACUUCAGCUAAACCAACAGCCACAAUACUUUAUGAUCAUACCAAAGUUUGUAUCAGCUGCAUAGAGGAAAGUCAUGUUACACACCAAGAUACAGUUUUACUCUUGUGCACAGUUGAGGAAAGAGCAUGCAGUAACAUUAUGGAGCAAUUUAGAUACAUUUGUAACUUAGGUGCCAAAAAAAUAAUUCCUUUUUGCUUUAAUGAGGCAGAUUCAAAUACUGUUGUUUGUUUCACUGUCUUUUUUUGAUUUCAGUCUUUCUGCUACAACUUUGAGUACUAUUUUCUGGACUGUGCAGGUGGGAGAGGGGAAAGGGCACCGAGAGGUGUCUUGGGUACAUAGGGAUUACUUCAUGAAAAUAACUGAUGCGGUUCACACAACGUGCGGUUACAAAGAUAGCAUGCUACUCACUGUUGGUGCUUUCUUAUCAUCAUAAAAGAAGAGCACAGUUCCUCUCAGUUCUGUCCAAUACACUCUAAAUUCCUGUUAUAGAGGAGGAAGUGUCAGUUUGUCAAUACAAUCUUUUAGUUUCCACAAAGUGCUGAAAGUAAAAGAACUGCUAAGAAAAAAUGUCAUGUACUUUUAAACUGGUGUUUUAAAGAUCAUGUAUAUAUUUAUUUUCUAAGUACUUUAUGAAAAAAAAAAGUUAUUAAAUAUUUUUUGAUAGGUAGAAACAGAAAAAAGCUCUAGGCUUUUUUCUCUCCUAUCCUAAUUUGGCAUUGAACUAGAAAGCUUUCAUUUUAAUUAAAUUAAAUGUUUUUAGCAUUUGUCAGGGGACUUAAAAGGGGUAAGGAAUGGGAAAAAAAUAUAUAUUCCCUUGAAGUGUCAAUUUGCAUAUAAUUUUGAUCAUGCCAGUGUACUUGCUAUAGGGACAGGAUCAUGGAUCUUGAGAGCAGUCUGACCUAUUAACCGGAUUUCCUGUAUUCAAAGUGGUAUUUUGCAUGCUUUGUCUUUAAGUUACGCGUGCUCAUAGAGCAACAUCAUGCCAAAGUAAGUAUGACUGUCUGACUCUUCUUACUGUUCCCUAAUACAGUCAUACCCAAGUAAUGGGAAAGCUUUCUGUACUCUUCUCCAUUUUCUUGCAACCCUGAUACCCCAAGAAGCGUAACUCUUAUGGGAUGUGGUAUUGGGAACACAAACCUGUAACACAGAAGUUCUGUUCUAGUUUUCAGUUUCCUUACUUGUUUUGUGUUUGUGUUUAUUUUGUUUUGUUUGGGGAUUUUCUUUGACACAAAGUUAGACAUAUUCACAAAAAUGGAGAAAGAAGUAACUAGUGAAGUCCACUAGGUCGUAUGAAUUAAAGUGAACAAUUUUUUCCUUAAGUAUCCUGCUGGCAGUCCUUGCUCCCUGUCCUGCUAGCUCCUAACUAGUCUUUCUGGUGUUUUCUGACAAGUUGCUGGUGUAAGAUUCUGUACGGUGUUCAGCCUCUGGACCCCAACCUCUGAGCACUUCAGUGUGCUAUUAAGGUGUAAAUGCCCUUGUUAAACCAUCUGUCCCUAGCAAAUUAAUGAAGCCUGUGAAUGCUUGCUUGGAGCAGGGCUGGAUGUUACGGGAAAGUUUUCAACUGCACUUUAUAAUGUAGGCUUUCUGCUCUAUGGAGACAUAGUAGUAGUUGCCCAGGAGCAUUUGUAAUUGUUUCACAGCCUUUAAUAUAUUUAUUCUUGAGUGUCUGGAUUCUUAUAAAUGAUAAUACAACUUGCCCAGCCCAUGUAAA